AUAAAUGGCCAAUUUUCAAAGCCAAUACAUCCACAUAUAUUUCUUCCUCUUUUUCAGUUUUUCUUCUCAAUUCUUGAUUCCAAUCUGCCCAAUCCCAACAUCCAUGGAUUCAUCACCAGCUUCUCACAGCAACAAACCCACCAAGCACCACCAACCAUCUUCCUCUGAGCUUCUUUCCAGUGCCAUGUUGGUGGCUGAGGCAGCCAAAGCUUCACUUAAGCACGAAACUGACAAGGUAGACAAGGGCAGGGUUGCUGGUGCUGCAGCUGAUCUUCUUGGAGCUGCCUCUCACUAUGGCAAGCUCGAAGGGAAGAGUUUUGGCAAGUAUGUAGAGAUGGCUGAGAAUCAUCUUCACCAGUACCACUCCUCCCAUUCCCCCACUUCUUCCCACUCAGCAGCUGAUGCCACACAUUCGUCAUCCCAUUCAAGCGGUGCUGCUGGCCAUUCUGAAGGUGGGUAUGGUGGGUAUGGUCAAUACUUGAAGAUGGCUCAAGGUUUCUUGAAGAAAAACUGAAAUAUAAUAUCGAUUACGCAAAUCUUUCUUCUUGUGUUUUCCUUUUUCCUCCCGCUUUUAUGUAUGUCGUACAACGCUUAGAUUUGAAGCUAUAAGCUUCCAGUCUUGUAUGCUCUGUUUAAUACUUCAACGUACCAAAAGUUCCAAUGUUAUUAUGAAAAUUUAUUCUACAAGUUCUGUUGGAAUUUGCAAAUGAAUUCUAAAUUCCUGUAGAAUUUCCCAUGAUUGGUUGGGAUUCCUGCUCUUGUUCUUAUUAAUCUCUUCAGCAGUUCAAUUAUGCUAGAGCAAAAAGCAUUUCUUUUACCUUCAAAUCUUCAUUUCUUUUACGCUCCAUUGCCUUUGAUCAUAAUCCUCCAGCAGUCUCAUUGAUAUCGUCCACCUCGCUGCGAUAUUGUUGCAAGGCUUUUAACCUUUUCUUCUCCAGUUCACUCUGCAGAUCCAGUAAAUGGGGUAUCAAGUUCUUGGAUUCAGAUUGAAUUUUCAAUAUAGAAAAUUAAAUGUAGCAAACCUCUGUUCUGUGCGUCCAGUCGUCGUCAGGAUUUUGCCUUCUUCUUGUUCUCCCAGGAAAGUAUUCUGGCUUCCAAUUCCUUAUAUAUGAAGAUCUUAUUUAUAU